AUGACCAAGUUUGUGUCUGUCCUGGAGGUGUGUUCUGAGAACAUUUAUCGAAUGGUGAUUGUGAUUCCUCCCCUACCCUCGGAACUGCCACCAAUCAACCUUGUUCACCGAGAUGUUUUGCGGGCCUGGUGCCAACAGUUACAUUUGAGCUCCAAAGGCCAGAAAUUAGAUACAUAUAAGAGGCUCUGUGACAAGGCUUACCCACAGCAAAAGAAUAUUCCUAUCACAGCAAACGAGACCCGGAUGUCAAUUCGAAGUAAUUUGAAGGCAGACAAAAGGAAAAAGCCCCUGGGAAGUUCUAAGAAAAGAACAUGUUCUGUGGGUACUGCUCCCCUUGAAGUGGUCCCUUCGCUAGAGGAGUUGCCUGUCCUUGAGGAGCCCCCUGCUCUCUAUGAAGAAGUUAGUACAAGUGUGGUGAUGACAUCUGCCCCGGAGGAGGUGUUGGGCUCCUGGGAUACAGAUGCAGCCAGCGCCAUGCAGGCGGAGACUGUGCAGUCCCCACCAGAGACACACGGUGUCAGGUGGUGUGUGGUCCAUGGCAGAAGUCUCCCUGCAGACAAAAGUGGUUGGGUUCAGCUGCAGUUCCACGCUGGACAAGCCUGGGUACCUGAAAAGAAAAAAGGGAAAGUGAGCGCACUGUUCUUACUCCCCUCUUGCAGUUUUCCACCCCCACACCUGGAGGACAACCUGCUGUGCCCCAAGUGUGUUAAGAGGAACAAGACUUUAAUUAAUAGUCUCCGGUGGGUAUAGAAUACCAAGAUAAAAGAACUAUGGUUUUCUCUUCCUCUUCUGAUGUCACCUGCUGUUCUUGUGAUGUGGCAAGCUAUGACUGAGACUGAUGGAAAUCCAAAAGCCUAUGUAUGUCCUCAGAUGGCCACCUUACCAA